GACCCAGCCAUAGAGAGACAGAGAGCUCCCAGAGAACCAGGACUCCGCCAUCUUCACCAUUAAAUAGUCCUCCUUCCUCCCCCACCCCCCCAACCCCCCUCCUUAGUGCCAGCCAAGUGGAGCAGUGCAAAGUGCUGGACAGUGAAUGUGCAGGGCAGUGCCAGGCUUCCCUGCGAGCUGAAGACACUCUUGGGCAACCCCUGCAACCAGCAAAAAGGGUCAGCUCCCACUCUCUCUAUAUAUUUUUAUUUUUGGGCAUUUUAUUAUAUUUUUUAUUUUAUUUUUGGCAUUUUUUUCCUUUUUUUUUUACCUUCAAUUUAAUUUUUUUUUUUUUUUUUUUUUGGGCACCGUGGACUUAAGUGGAGUGGGCACAGGCAGUUCUUAAGUUGCGAAGAUUGGAGAUCACACUGCCCUAGCUGAGCUGAAAAGAGGGGCACCCAGGUCUCACUCUUUUUUUUUUAUUUGAUUUUUUUUUUUCCUUCCUUGUUUUGCAUUUUGAAAAAGAAGAAGAAGGAGAAGAAGGAGGAGGAAGAAGAAGAGGGAGAGCCGAGGAAGGUGGGAGAGGAAGGAGCAGUGUGCAGAUCUCCGGGCGAUGCCACUGUAAAUGCCAAGGCAAUGUCCCGUCGCAAGCAAGGGAACCCGCAACACUUGUUACAAAGGGAGAUCAUCGCACCUGAACAGCAUCAUCAUGUUGAAGCGGUAAUCCCAGAUGAGGACGACGGCCUACCCAUCCCGGAGACAGGGACUCUUACCCUGUCCGGUGGAGGCAACGAUCACGACUUGUUAACAUGCGGACAGUGUCAAAUGAAUUUCCCGCUGGGAGACAUUUUGGUUUUUAUAGAGCACAAGAAGAAGCAGUGCGGAGUCCCAAGCGGAGGCUGCUAUGAAAAGAACCUGGAUAAAAGUAGUCCUCCGCACUCAUCUCGCUCCGAGCUCAGGAAAGUGGCAGAGCCAGUGGAAAUCGGUAUCCAAGUCACGCCCGAUGAAGAAGACCGUCUUCUCACGCCUACAAAAGGAAUUUGCCCGAAGCAGGAGAAUGUUCCAGGUAAAGACGAGCCUACCAGCUAUAUUUGCACAACGUGUAAGCAGCCUUUCAAUAGCGCCUGGUUCCUGCUUCAGCAUGCUCAAAACACACAUGGAUUUCGCAUCUACCUGGAAACAAGCCCAACUAACAGUUCCCUUACACCCCGACUUACUAUCCCUCCACCUCUGGGACCGGAGACUGUUGCACCAUCCCCCCUGAUGAACUUCCUUGGAGAUAACAACCCUUUCAACCUUCUACGAAUGACUGGACCCAUCCUACGUGAACAUCCAGGCUUCGGUGAGGCUCGGCUACCAAACACGCCGCCACUCUUUAGCCCACCCCCUCGCCAUCAUCUGGACCCGCACCGCCUUAGUGCUGAAGAAAUGGGGUUAGUUGCCCAGCAUCCCAGUGCCUUUGACAGAGUUAUGCGUUUAAAUCCAAUGGCAAUUGAAUCUCCAGCAAUGGAUUUUUCCCGAAGGCUACGAGAACUGGCAGGUAACAACCCCACUCCUCCUCCAGUGUCGCCUAACCGUGGUAAUCCUAUGCAUCGCUUGUUAAAUCCCUUUCAGCAAAGCCCUAAAUCCCCUUUUAUGAGUACCCCGCCAUUGCCACCUAUGCCCCCAAGUAGUACAACGCCACCACAAACCCAGGCCAAGAGCAAGUCCUGUGAGUUCUGCGGCAAGACAUUCAAAUUCCAGAGCAAUCUCAUAGUUCAUCGUCGUAGUCACACGGGGGAAAAACCUUAUAAAUGUCAGCUGUGUGACCACGCUUGUUCACAGGCAAGCAAAUUGAAGCGCCACAUGAAAACACAUAUGCACAAAGCCGGUUCCAUGACUGGCAGGUCUGACGAUGGACUGUCUGCCACAAGCUCACCAGAGCCAGGUACUAGUGAGUUAACUGGAGAAGGGGGGAAGUCUGAGACAGAUUUUAGGAAUGAGAGUGACCGCUCUUUGGGCCAUGAAAACGAAGAAGAAGAAGAGGAAGAGGAAGAAGAGGAGGAGGAGCUUGAAAAUGAAAGCAGACCAGAGUCAAGUUUCAGUAUGGACUCAGAAAUAUGUCGUAAUCGGGAAAAUGGGGCCAAGCCUUUACAUGAUGAGAAGGCCCUCUCGCUUGGCAAAGUGAUGGAGAAUGUAAACUUGGGAAGCAUGCAUCAAUACAAUGAUAUGCUCAAUGACAAACAGAAGAGAAGUCUUUUCAUGAAACGGUCUUCUGACCCACGAGAUUUAUGCCGGAGAAUUCCGGGUGAAGAAGAUGGCGAUGAAAGAGAAAUUAUCCGUAACGAAGAAGGGGCUGUCAAUGGAAGAAGCUUUGGCUCAGGUGAACCCUUUCCAAUUCUGCUCCCUCGAAAACCCAUGCCCAUUUCAGGCUCUGGUCUCAAUAACUCCUCAAAAAGGAUAAAAAUAGAAAAAGACUUAGACUUACCACCAGCAACGAUAAUCCCUUCCGAAAACGUUUACUCGCAGUGGCUGGUCGGAUAUGCAGCAUCCCGGCACUUCAUGAAAGAUCCAUUUCUAGGAUUCACAGACUCUCGACAAUCCCCUUUUGCAACUUCUUCUGAACACUCUUCAGAAAAUGGCAGCCUGCGGUUCUCCACUCCACCAGGUGACAUGCUGGAUGGGGGUCUCUCAGGGCGGAGUGGGACAGCGAGUGGGGGCAGUACACCUCACAUCGGUGGACCAGGCCCUGGUCGACCCAGUUCUAAAGAAGGGAGAAGGAGUGACACGUGUGAGUACUGUGGCAAAGUAUUUAAGAACUGCAGCAACCUCACGGUCCAUCGUCGGAGCCACACGGGAGAACGGCCUUACAAAUGUGAGCUCUGCAACUAUGCAUGUGCACAGAGCAGCAAGCUGACGCGCCACAUGAAAACACAUGGCCAGAUAGGUAAGGAGGUGUACCGCUGUGACAUUUGCCAGAUGCCCUUCAGUGUUUACAGCACCCUGGAAAAACACAUGAAAAAGUGGCACGGAGAACACUUGCUGACAAAUGACGUGAAAAUUGAGCAGGCAGAAAGAAGCUAAGGCCCCUAGAUGGGUUUAAUCAGUUUAAAUUUGUACAGAUUUAACUAUUGCCAACUGAGAAAAAAAGCUGAAUUAACUUGCCUCCUUAAACAUAACUUAGCGUAAACAUGUUAGGUGUCGAAAAGUGGCACUAAAAAUACAACCUGUGUCUGCAGUUCUUUUUUUAAACCUGAGGGUUGAAUAAGGCCGUAAAACUUUUGGAGCCUUUUAACUGUGCAAUAAUUUCUGUAUUUAUUUGGGUUUUAUUUGUCAUUUUUUUGGCAUGUGCAGGUACUUUUUUUGCUGUUUGAUUUUUUUUUCUAUAUUUUUUUAAGAUUGUUUUUGUUGUUGUGCAUCCUUGUUAAAAAAAAACAAAAAAAAAAACACCUUGAAACCUCUUUUGUGCUGCAGGGACCAGCAAAUUUUUAUGUAACAAUAAAUUUCAGCCCCCCUGCAGGACAAAGAGGGUUAAUUCCCCCCCCCCCCAUAAUCCCCCAUUAUUUCCAAUACCCCACUUAUCAGAGUAGUAGCCAGUUUGUCCAAGUAGUGGAGAAUCGUAUCUUGAAUUAUCAUUUUGGGCUGCUACAUUUAUGGAAUUUAAGCUAAACCUUUGUAAUUUCUUGAAAAGAAGCCAUCAGCUUUUUUCUGUUAUUUUUUUUAUAUUUUUUUAUAUUUUCAUUUUUUUUUUAUUUUUAUUUAUCUUGCCAUUACUUAAAUGGGGUCAGAUAGAAUAUUUACGCAGCGGAUUACAAUCUAUAAAAUCUUAGCACUUAUAUUGCAUGAUAGGAUCUCAUAUGCAACAGUUAAAAUGCAACCUGAAAUUUUUGAGGAACUUUAUACUUGAGAGAAUCAUGUGUGCAAAUCACAAUCCAUUGUCUGCACCAUUGCUUUUUUUUAUUUUUAAUUUUUUUUUAUGCAUCUCCUUUUCUACUGUCUAUACAUUUGAAAAAUGUUUUUAGAGGCACAGCAUUGAGAAAUGUCCCGUUUAUAAUGCAGUCUCCUUUUUUUUAUUUUUUUGCUGCUGAAGUGUUCCUGCAGCUCCCUUACUCAAGGGGCCCUGUGGUGCAGGCCACUUGGCAAGCAAAUGCUUAAAGAUGCACUGUUAAAACUUUACCCAUUGAAGCCACCUGCAGUUCCCUCAGUGCUGAAAAGCUGAAGGGCCAUCGACACAGUUCAGUACAAGUUAUGUCAUUGUAAUUGGUUGCUUAUUUCAAAAUAUUGUGGACUAUGAAUUUUCGAAUGUAAUUUAUUUUAAAUAAUGAACGUUCCAAUGAUAAUGACAUUUGCUUUUUAAGAUCGUUUUUCCAUUUUUGUUUUCUUUUUUGUCUUUGCGUGCAUCAGGAGGACAGCUGAGAACGAAAGGUUACCCAUUUUAAUUUUGUUGACCGCACUUUAAAAGUUGAGUUUCUAUGUUUUCCAUGGCUUCUGAACAAGAAAUUACAGCCUAUUCUCCUGCGCAACCCAAUGGCGGGUUGGAUUCAAUAAGGGAACACCUGAGAUUAAGUGCCAGUGUUGCUAAGCAUGGCAUUCACAAUGCUGGCACUAUAAAAGAUAUAUAUAUAUAAUUUAUUGGACGGUUUGUCUACUGCCAUUCGAUUUUUUGUGAGUGCCUUGAAAACUGAUCUUCCUAUGUGAGUCUCUUGAGACAAAAUGCAAAACAUUUUUGUGAAAGAAAAAAAAAAAGAACUUUUAAAAAUAGUAAUACAAGAAAAUUACAUUUCUUUAAAAAAAAACAACAAAAAACAAAACAAAAAGCCACAUUUACGUAUAGAAAAAAAAAAAUCUGGUUGACCAUAGUGGACACAAUAUUGCCAUAAGACCCAAUCUAACGAAGAUGUUUACUCAGCACAAGUUUGAACCUUCUUAAGCUGAUUUAUUGUCAGCUUUGUUUCUUUUCAGGACAACGCUGCUUAGAAAACGGAAUGAAAAUUAUUUACUGCUGAAUUGAAAAAGAAAUGACACAACAUACCAGUUAUCGUUGAAUGGGGGAAAACAAUUCAGGAACAACGGCUAUUUUUUUUUUUUUUUUUUUUGUUAACGGUAAAUUUAGUGCACUCUGUCUUAAAAUACGUUUACAGUAUUCAAUACGUACAAGGGUUAAAAAAAUGAAAAAAAUAAGAAAUAAUUGUGUGUAUGUGUGUUUGGACGAUCAUUUCUUUUCAAAGUUGCUUAAUAGGUUAUAAAAUGCCAUAAUGGCCAUGUGUAUAUUGUUUAUUUUUAUUUUAUAAUAUUUUCUUUUGGUGACGGGGUUUUAGUAUAUAUUAUAUAUAUUAAAAUUUCUUGAUUACUGUAAAAGUGGACCAGUAUUUGUAAUAAUGGAGAAUGCCUGGGCAUUUUACAAAACCAGAAAAAAAAAUUCCUUGAAAAAAAAAGUUGCAGUAAAAAAAAAAAAACUUUAAUGGUGGGUCUAUAACAUUGUUCUUGUCACUGUAAUUGUAAAGUCUGAGUUUUAGUACUUAUUUUCCUGCCUGGGUGUUAUUUUUUAUUUCAAACUGUAUAGAAACUUGUAUUUGGGGAAUAAAAAGGUGAUUGCUACACCAUGUAGAAAAAGUAAGUAGAAAAAAGUGCUUAAUAUUGUUAUUGCUUUGCAGAAAAAAAAAAAAAAAAUCACGUUUCUGAAAUGUGCUUAAUUUCCUUCUUUUAUCCUCUCCCACCCCUCGCCCCCCCCCCCUUCUGGAAUGGAUAUUGAUAUUGAUUGGUUCACAUGAUGUAGGCACUUGCUGUAUUUUUACCGGAGCUUGUAAUUUUUUAACUGUACGCUUGUCCUUUUAAAAGGAUUAAAUGUACCUUUUUGUUAGUGGAUUUGAAAAAAAAAUAAAAAAAACACAUGCUGCCAUAAUAUAUUUUUUUAAUUUGGCAGGAUAAAAUAUAAAAAAAAGAAAAAAAAAAAAAGAAAACAAAUAAACAUUUGUAAUUUAAGUCCUAAUGUACAGAAAAUACAAAAACCCAAUGAAGUUGUGUGACAGCUUCUGGGUAAUUGAAACAUAAAAAAAAAAAAGUCUUAAAUAUUUUGUU